GAUUCCCAACUCUCGGAUUGUCAACAAUUUUUGUUGGAUUUGGGUAGUCUAUAUUCCUCCCUUAACGUUGGUGAACCGUUCGUUUUGAAUAAAACAUCCAUUUCACAUUUUCACGACAGAACAAAUCGGGAGGUGCAGAGGCUGAUUUUUCCUCAGUUUGUAAAUCUUUAUUUAAGCCUUUCAGUCCGGAUGCAGUAAGCAAGAGCCUACGGCCUGGCAGAGCGGAGUUGAGCAGCGGCCUUGAGUUAUGUCAAGCGGUCGGCAGCAGCAGAAUGGAGGGGGAGCGGGCUCGGGGCCUGGGACAAGCAGCAGUAGCAGUAGCAGCAACACCACUAGUAGCAGUAUUAGCGGCGGGAGUGGUAACGCAAGUAAUGCGAAUAAUUCUGGCAAUGGAGUGUCCUCACGGACGCUGGGAACUGGAGUCGAUGGUCUACCUGUCCCCACGCUGGGGGUCCCCUCUCCCAGAGUGAGCGUAGCUACUCUAGGCAGACCAGGAUCGUCUUCGGGAAGCAGUAACAAAAAACGGCCACUUCCAACACCCCUUUGCAACGGUCUCAUAAACUCUUACGAGGAUAAGAGCAACGAUUUUGUGUGCCCUAUCUGUUUUGAAAUGAUUGAGGAGGCGCAUAUGACAAAAUGCGGACACAGUUUCUGUUACAAAUGUAUUCGUCAGAGCCUGGAGGACAGUAACAGAUGCCCGAAAUGUAAUUACAUUAUUGAUAAUGUGGAUCAGCUCUAUCCUAAUUUUCUUGUGAAUGAACUUAUCCUCAAACAAAAGCAAAGAUCAGAAGAAAAACGACUAAAACUGGACCAUCCUAAUGGCCAUAGAUGGCAGGUUUUCCAAGGAGUUCUCGGUACGGACCAAGAGAACCUAGAUCUUGCAAACGUCAACUUCAUGUUGGAGCUACUCGUACAGAAAAAGAAACAGCUGGAAGCGGAAUCGCAAGCAGCUCAGCUCCAAAUCUUAAUGGAAUUUCUUAAAGAAGCCAGAAGAAAUAAAAGAGAGCAAUUGGAACAGUUGCAGAAGGAACUGAACUUUUUGGAAGAAGACAUCAAACGUGUCGAGGAAAUGAGUGGGCUGUACUCUCCAGUGAGUGACACGGACCAUAACCUUGACAGCACCGUUCCUCAGUUUGAAGCUCACUCCCCUGCACACAGUAGUAUUAUAGAUUCCACAGAGUACAUCCAGCCUCCAGGGUUUGGCGGCAGCUCACAGGGGAAGAGACAGACAUGGUACAACAGCACUCUGGCUUCUCGGCGAAAGAGGCUUACAGCCCACUUUGAGGACCUGGAGCAGUGCUACUUCUCCAACAGGAUGUCCCGGAUUACAGAUGAGAGCAGGACCGUGAACCAGCUGGAUGAUUUCAUGGAGUGUCUCUCAAAGUUCACACGCUACAACUCUGUUCGGCCACUAGCAACGCUGUCUUACGCCAGUGAUCUCUACAAUGGCUCCAGUAUUGUAUCCAGUAUUGAAUUCGACCGCGACUGUGAUUACUUCGCCAUCGCCGGCGUCACCAAGAAAAUUAAAGUUUUUGAAUAUGGAACGGUGAUCCAGGACGCGGUGGACAUUCAUUAUCCCGUCAACGAGAUGACUUGCAACUCCAAAAUAAGCUGUAUCAGCUGGAGUAGCUAUCACAAGAAUCUGCUGGCAAGCAGCGACUACGAGGGAACAGUCAUCCUCUGGGACGGUUUCACAGGACAGAGGUCGAAGGUGUACCAGGAACAUGAGAAAAGAUGCUGGAGUGUGGAUUUCAACCUGAUGGAUCCAAAACUGCUAGCCUCCGGCUCAGAUGACGCUAAAGUGAAGCUGUGGUCCACCAACCUAGACAAUUCUGUGGCCAGCAUCGAGGCCAAGGCAAACGUGUGCUGUGUUAAGUUCAGCCCUACGUCAAGAUAUCAUCUCGCCUUUGGUUGUGCAGAUCACUGUGUUCACUAUUACGACCUCCGCAACACUAAACAGCCCAUCAUGGUGUUCAAAGGCCACAGGAAAGCUGUCUCCUACGCCAAGUUUGUCAACGGGGAGGAGAUUGUUUCUGCCUCCACGGACAGCCAGCUCAAGCUGUGGAACGUAAACAAGCCUCACUGCCUGCGCUCCUUCAAAGGCCACAUUAAUGAGAAGAACUUUGUGGGCCUGGCGUCCAAUGGAGACUACGUAGCAUGUGGGAGUGAAAACAACUCAUUGUACUUGUACUACAAGGGGUUGUCCAAGACGCUGCUGACUUUCAAGUUUGACACUGUGAAGAGUGUGCUGGAUAAAGACAAGAAGGAGGAUGACACCAAUGAGUUUGUUAGCGCAGUGUGCUGGAGGGCACUGCCUGAUGGGGAGUCCAAUGUGCUGAUUGCAGCCAACAGUCAAGGCACAAUAAAGGUACUUGAGCUGGUAUGAGUCUGAGGAUCCAUUAGAACCCAACAGGACACAUUUCAUACUACAUAGCAGCCUUGUCUUUGUGGGAACCCAGGUGUAAGAGCAUAGUCGCUCACAUGUAUCGAAGACGCAAGCAUUUCCAAAGGAUUGUUUUUGGAAGCAAGGACAUUACAGAAAUCCUUUUUUUUUUCUUCAUUUGAUUGCGAUCAGCAGAUUGAUAAAGACCUGCCUGUGGAUUCCCAUCUGACGUGAUGUGGAAUUUCAUGAACUCGAACAAGACGGAGGACCAUCUUUUUGUUGUUUGUUUUUUUUUUUUUUGAAGCAAGUGGGGGAAAAUUAACAUGCAUCUUUUGAAAUCCUUUUUGAAUAAAGUUUGGAAUUACUGUUGAAUAACAGGAUUUCUUUAAGAAGGAUAUAGGUCUAAUUGAUCUUUCAGAUGAGUCGAGGAAGUUAGAUUGUUGCUUUCUCUUGAAUAAAGGAGUAAAAUCAACAAGAACAGAACUGCAUUAAAUACAUUUUACAAGGCCAAAGCACAAGACAAAAUAGAACACAUUAUAUUGUUAUAGAA